AUGAACCUCAAGCCGGCGCUAAAACGCCGCCCUAAUUUUUCCAACGAAGAACUUCUAGUCCUUAUUAGGGAGGUGACAGACAGAAAAACAAUGUUGCUGGGUAAGCUGGACUCAACACGUGUCACGAGGGAGGGGAAGAACAUGGCGUGGCUGGCUGUGCUGGAGGCUGUCAACGCUGUUGGCGUCACCAGAAGAACUGAGGACGAGGUGAAGAAGAAGUUUCGUGAUUUCCGCUCAUUCGUAAAGAAGAAGGUUGCUGAUGCAAGACAGGAAAUGCUGAGAACAGGAGGAGGACCAACCGCAGACACCAAAUUGAGCGCUGCUGAGGAAGCAAUGGCUGCAUUAAUCAGCGAGGUUGCCAUUGCUGGACAUGCUGAUGUCCCUGACUCUGAAGAAGUUCCAGGAGGCUCAAUGUUUUCUGAAGUUCAAGAGGAUUAUGUAAUCAUGGAGCAUGAUUACUUCCUGCCUCAAAUGUCCCCAGAAAGGCUGCUGGGUAUUACAGCACCCAGCAGCCCAGACCCUUCCACUUUUGAGCCAACUUCAGGAACGCAAACAGAUGCUACAGCACCAAGCCACCCAGAGCCUUCCAGUUCUAGGCUCACUUUGGAAAGACUGACCGGUGCUGCAGCACCUAGCAGCCCAGGCCCUUACACUACCAGGCCCAGGGUGGAUCCACAUGGGAGAGUCGACUGGUGCCCGGCCAUGAGGCUGCUGCUGACAGCGGGCAGGAUCAUACUGGAGUGCCCCUCCCGAUCUAUGAAGACAUCGGAAGCGUGUUUUGAGAGUUCCAAAUGUCUGUUCUACAACAACACGUGUCCUCAUAUGGCUUCUGUCGUACCGCUGCUCCGCAGGUUCAUCACAGAGCCAGAGUAUUUCCCUACGAGGGAAUCUAUAAUAUCUCAAGAGAUGUUCGUCUUCCACUUCCAGGGGGUUCAAAGGGUCUCUGAAGACCCUUUCUCUCCUGAGAGCCCGGUCGUGAGCUAA